UUUCACAGAAAUCCCAUAGAUUACUUACUGGUGAACCUCGCGGUAGCGGAUAUCAUCUAUACAACGUCCAGUUUAGCAGGCGUGGUGUUGGGACUCACUAACGGUCACCCAGGGGGAGUGACUGGCAAGGUUUUUUGCAUAGCACAGGGAACCAUUGCAUGGGUCGGGGCUUUUUCUUCAGUCUUAACUCUGGUUGCUAUUGCCACGGAACGAUACUCAAACGUUAUAUACCCUGUUGGCGGCAAAGGAAAAUUUACCAUGCGAAGACUGAAGGUAUGUUGCAGUUUCAACACCCAAUAAUAAGCCAUCGCUGUUUGGUAAACACACUCUUUUUUUUAUAAGAAUGUUGUUUUUCCGGCCCAGGCUGAAUAUUCUUAUUUUUCUGCCGAUUUUAGGCUGAAAAUAUUCUUGUAUUAUUCUUAAAUUAUAGCUUAUGACAUUUCCGUUUUAGAAUUUAUUUGGGUAUAUGUAUAUGUAUUACAUGUACCGUUCAUCGAACUGUCAUUAGCGUUGAACAUUUUGCUAUAGCUAGGGCAGGUUUUUUCGUUUUGUUGGCUAGUUUCGCCGUUCAGAGAAAAGAAUAAUUUUAUAUGGUUAAGUUAAAAACAUAAAAUUGUAUUGUAUUUACAGAUGUUUCAACACACAAAAUUAUAUCUAUCCUUUUCAAAAUCUCAGCCUCGGCUUUAUUCUUAAAAUAUUCUUAAAAUUUCGCAAAUUUCAGCCUCGAUAUUCUUAUAAAAUAUAUUCUUAAAAAAAAAAAGAGUGUACAUAACAAAGAUACGUAAGUAAGCUGAAAAAAAAUUCAAAGAAUGAUCAUUCAACUCAAAUCAGGAAUAUAAGUUAGCAUUAGCAGCGCAUAAGGAAAUAGGGAAAAUAUAAGAAGCCCUAACCAAAUGCAACAAAAUGUACUGAAGUGAAUUACCGUAGAGUAUCUAUGAAUAGGGCUAUAUUCUAACUAUACCGGAUAGAGCGGUUUUCACUUGACUGUCGUAAAACCAAAACCACUAGCCAACCAAAGGGCGUAGUAAAACCAAAACCAAACCAAUUCCUCAAUUACUUUUGACAGUCAAGUGAAAACCGCUCUAUCCGGUAUAGUAUGAACAGCAAUGGCAGACAACUAAAACAAGUCUUUCACACACAUGGAACAUCAUGCCUUAGCUUUUGGCCGAGAGGGUUUAGUGAACUAAAUCGUAGUCCUCACUACUGAAUAUUUACUUCCGUCUCAAUCCGGUCCUCACUCCUACUUUUUCACCUGUGGCACAGAACGCUUCACUUUGGAGAACGGCGUGGCACAGCACAAAGUAAAAACUUUGUAAAUAAAUGAAAUGUAAAUUCUUAGCAGAGUUCGAUUUAAUCUAAUGUUGUUUUUAUAUUCCAUUCCUAGAUCAUUAUACCUUGUUUUUGGGUCCUUUCUUUAUUUUCGCAAAUCCCGGGAGUUAUAAACAUGGCAUUAGACAAUGAAUACAGAAAAGGCGAAUCAAAGUUCUGCACCGAGAGGCAGCCUUCCUACAAAAGUUGGCUACGCAAAGGUUCUUUUUUCUUAUGGUUUUCCAUGGUCGUUAUUUCGAUUGCAGUGAUGAUUGGGUUAUAUUCCAGAGUCGUGUACUCCUUGUGGACCAGGAGCAACAACCUUCAACUCACACGUCGACAGAAGGUAGGUUUUUGUCAUAUAUCAAAACCUUAAUGCAUAGAAACGCUUAGGCUUAAGCUCCUCUGAUGAGAUCUGGUACUGUUUGUUCGAUACUGUUCCACGGUUUAAUUAAUAUAUAUCUGUAACUAAGAUGAUACUUAAAAAAUGCUUGUUUUAUUAUUCAAAUAUAUACCAAUCCCAAUCAGAAAAUUGUCCACGACACGCCUUGUCACAGAGCUGAUAUUCAAAUAUUACUCAAUGGUAACAGAGGUUAAGGUUAAGCUCGCGGGGGACACCUAUCUAUGAAUAAAUUCAAAAGGCAAAAUUUUGUUUACGUUAUUUCUUUUAAAACGCUUACAUCUCGGCUGUAUUAGAGGUGAUUUAGAUAAAAUUCAGAAAUUUUCGAAUGACGGAGGUUUAGGAAAGUUGUCUUAUAUUUGGUAGAUCGCACUUAAUGCUGUAAGCCACACUUGUACCAAAUUGAUUUCCUCACUCGAAUUUGUAACUAUCUUAUUUAAUGUUACACCUUAUACUAUAUGGACUGUCCGCAAUAUACAGGUCCACAAACGUCGAACUGUCAAUCUACAGAAUUUCUCACGUCUGCUUACCAAAGAGUGUUUUAGCAUUAGACAGUUUCGUUAUUCUUAUAAAUAUAAAGACUUAUAUGCCUUCUCCCAGUCUUGGGCCCGCAUUGAUGUUUUACGUUCGCUCAGUGGUAAACAUCUAGUGCAUUUGUUGAAAACUUAGUCCUCUUACUAGCCUAGUCCCUGACGUCGUAACAUCCUAGUAUCCAUCAAUUAGCUGGUCAUACAAAUUUGUGACAUCAGUUGCCCAUUAGAAAUGAAAUAAAUGGGAUGGGCAGUCGCCCUUCUCCUGGCAUAAAAAGUGACACCUCUUGCCUGGGACUAUGCCAGCUGAUGAGUAAUAAUGAGGACGAAAUAGCUGUUCAUGGCUGACACUGCCGGGGUGAUAUGGUUAUGCGCAUGCGUAAUGUAAUGGCCAUAGAGUGGAGUUGGUGCUUCAGUGCAGAAAAUGGUAUUGGAGACUACCUUGCCUGCAAGUAGGCUCACUUGUGCUUAAUCCGGAAAAUUUCUUCCGCCAUCGCGCCAGGAAAAGUGAGCCUGCCCGCGGGUUAUUGAUUUUUCAGUUUCGCCCCUUUCGUUGUGUCGAUACUAUCCAAUAGGAGCAAAGGAAAUGUAAAGAUAAUGACAGGAACUUGCACGUGCAGAUGUUAUCCUCAAGUGCAUCAGAGGUUACUUUUCCUCACGCAAGGGGCCGCAAAAAAUCUACCUGAGCUAGCUCGCACAAGUGAGCCUGCUCGCAGGCUAGAGGCAACCAGUUGGCCAUUUACAAGUGUGGGCGAUGAUCUGAACUGGAGACGACCGAGAGCAAAUCCAGCAUGGCAUGUGGGUAGAGUGGGACUCGAACCCGGGACCGCCGAAUUGCGAGCCCAAAACGCUGACCACUCGGCCGCGCUGCCUCCUCCAGAGGCGAGUAUGCGAGGCGCCAGGCAGAAUGCCUAGCGCGAUAGGCGCAUUUAGCUAGAACAAAGCUGGCCGACACAGUCCCAAGGUAUAUCUUGCUUCUUUACAAAGUGUUUUUCUGAAACAGCGAAUGUUCCUACAACCUGUAAAUGUGUUUUUUGAUUUCUUACGCAGGGGGUGUUGAAGGUACGAAAGCGAGUGACCUUAAUGAUUAUAACAGUCAGUGCCAUAUUUGGUAUCACUUGGCUCCCUGAUAUAAUGAUACACACCGUCGAGGAAACAACCAGCAUUAAGUUCAGUCCCGUCGUAUUUCCUAUUGUUCACACCAUCAUCAUGUUCAACUGCGCAGUCAAUCCAUUCGUUUACGCGCUGAUCAACCAACGAUUCAGAGAAAAGAUGGAGAGAAUGCUGUACUGCAGUUCACGCUUAUUGGAAUCCAGAGGCCGCUCAAAUUCUCAAUCGCAUAGCAUCGAGUUAGUCAACAAAAGCAAUCACGCAGCCAAGGGCUUAGAAAAAGAAAAGGGAGAAACUGGAUAGCUUCUACAGAAACUUUGAUUUAUUAUAAUGUAAAUUAAUGAUGUAACAUACAGUGUAAGAAAAUUAAUAAUGAGAAUGGUAAUUGUUUGAAAAAUCUUGCUCCAGAAAGCAGUUCUACCUUAAACAAAAACCCUCCCAUAUUUGAGCCCCAAGUGCAUCAACAUUAACAAACGAAUUGUCACUCUAAUAAGUUUAUCUCAAUGCUUAUCUUAGCUAAUGCUGUUCAAAUGAAAAUAAAAUUUGCAAAAAACAACCACAAAUGGUGAGAGAGACUUGCCAGUAAAUACGAAGAUAACGAAGUUUUCCAAUAAAUGAUUACACUGGAAGCCCAAUUUUGUAUACUCGUAAGUCUCUUAUGACUUAAAUAAGUUGGAAGAAGAAUAAUAGAAAGCUUUAGAAAAAAGCUCUAGAUGAGAAUCGAACUGACGACCCUCCGAACUCUAGUUCGAAUGCUCUAACCACUGACCUACGGAGGCUCAACCUCAAGUACGGUGAAAAUUCAAUUAUAAUUACUAGAACCCAGUCAUAGAGGACUGUAUUGGGUACUUUGCUCGAAAUCGGCCGUUCACUAGCGUACAAGACCAAGACUAUAAAAUAUAAUGUUUAGAAUUCUAAGACCAGAGAGCUCAGAAAAAAUUCCGAGCUCCAGGUGAGAAUCGGCGAACUCACGACCCUCCGAGUUCUACUGAUUCGGACGCUUUAACCACUAAGCUACUGGAGACACUAUGGAGAGCAGGGUCGAAAUUUAAUUAUAACUACACCAGUCAUAGAGGACUGUAUCGGGGACUGGCUCGAAAUAGGCCGUCCACCAGCGUAUAAGACAAAGACUGUACAAGACAAUUUGGAAGAAUGUUAGUAUUGUUUAAAAACUGGAACUGAAUCCAUAAAGGAGACCAAACAGUAGGUAGAUCAACCUUUAUUUGAAUCUUUAGUAGUUACAAAGCCAUAAGGUAACACUCUGCUGUAACGUAACAAGGAGCUUUAGCAACGACGGCGGCGACGACAGCAACGAGAACUGGAAAAUCAACAGAGAAACGUCUGAAAAGCUUUGCACGAGCCUCACGAUUUUUCAUUCCAUGAAUACGCGAGACUUUCUAAUUUCACGUUUUAUGGAGGACGAAAUCACAACACAAGGAUUUUUUUUGAGGAUUUGGGUACAGUCCAAUAGAAUUCUAGAAAAGAAAAUUUCGGCAACAUUUGAAAAACGGGGGGAAAAAGGAUAAAUAAAAGCGAUUGAAACUGAAAGUGAACUUACUUUUCAAGUGACGUUUUCACUGCCGAUACCAUCGUAAUUGCUUGAUCUCCAUAAGAGCCUUAUAACAAGACCCUAGGUAAAGAAUAUCUACCUAAUAUAACUUUUCCCUGAAAAAAUAGCUAGGAUUUCAAUUUGUCGAGGAAAAUGAGGUUACACGUACGCACAAAGUGAUUUCAAAGAUUUUAGGGGGUUGUUCCUUCUUUCUUUUACUGUUACAAAACUGUAUAAGUUUUCGCCUGUGAAACUGGUACCUAAAGAGUCCGUCUCGGAAGUCGAGCAGACUUUGCAAGAAUCGGUAAAAACAAAAAACAUGUUAAGUUUGUCACCUUUUGACAAUGCGGUGUAUUAUUUAUUUCUGGAGCUAUUAGGGGCCAUGAAAUUUUGAUUCCCUCGCGUAAGUACAUAACGCAAUGCAAUGGCGCACUUGUGAAAACAACUUUAACUUGUGAAAAGAUAUCUGACAAACUAUAAAUUUGACUGUUCAUAUAUAUUUUGAGUAAAAUCCACUGGUUAUUACCCAACUAUAGCAAAAUAAGAACAAGAAACAACAGUUUAGCUUAAGCAAUGAAACAAAUUAAUGUAUCUGAGGCAAGAUCCGCUCAUAAUAGAUUCAAUGACUUGUCUUUAUAAUGGCAUAUGAAGGGAUGUAGUUAUUACUGCCUCUAUCUUCCUAUUAAGGUCUCCGGUGGUGUGUGAAGGUAACCUAAGUAGUUGCUGUCGUGUUUGCUUAAGCUCCACAAUAGCCUUGUAAGAAGAUCCUAUGGAAACGAUAUUUAGCUGGUAUAAUUUUCCCAUGAAAAAAAAGCUAAAAUCAAACCAAAAAUAAAAAAAGUGUCCAUUUUUCUGACAAUGCAAUAAAAUAUGUAUUUCUUGGAGCUUUUGAAAAUUUAGGGGCCAUGUUUCCGCGCGUAGUUACAGAACGCGAUUCAAUGGAACAAUCAAGAAAACAACUUUAAAUGGGGAAAAAAAAUCUCGCAAACUUAAAAAUUUACUAUUCAUACAUGUCUUGAGCACAAUCCACUGGUUGUCACGCAACUAUAGCCAAAAUAAGAAUAACAAACACCAGUUACAGAUUAAACAAUUAACGAAAUGAGUAUGUCUGAUGCAAAGAUCCACACAUAAUGGUUUUUAAAAUCCUGGUAUAUAAAAUGACAUAUGUAGGGAUGUAGUUAUCGCAGCCUCUUCCUUCCUUUUUGUAAUAAUUGUCUAAUUGAGCAAAUUGUCCCUCAUUUUAAUGGAAGGCAGUGCGCGAAGUUGGUGCCAUCCUUGACUAUCAGGUAACUUCUCUUAGUUGUUACUUCUCGUCGUUUGAUGAUUAACCCAGAUUACUUAGUAAAAGCAACGCUUAGCGCGCGGAGACCCCUUUUUAAAGAAUUAUUACCGUUACACUACAAUUUCUUUGCAAUUGAUGUCGACAUUUUUCUUUCAUCCAAACGUAGGUACGAACGUGUAUAAUCGGACAACUUAACACAUUUGGGUUUGGUCAAACUUUUCAAGCGUGACUCAUGCGUGAAACUUUUUACAUUCUACAAGAAGUGCAGCAACGAGGCCUCAUGCUUUUGCUAAAAAUGAUCGACUUUAUAAGGAAAGGCAGCGAUAAGCUGAAAGCGUAAAUCCCCACUUGACACAAAAAAAUUGCUCUCACCUUCUGUUGCAAUAUGGUGUGGCUUUUGCAUAUGAAACUUCCAUUGGAGCAAUGGAUCCUUCUGACAACGUCGUAAUUAAGGGUCUGGACAGCCAACAAUUAUUGUUGGCUGGCUGUCGUUGUCUGAAUUUGAGUAAAAGUCUCAAUGUCCAUUUAUUUUUUAUAGCGAUUCUCACGUUGACGUCACCUUCUAAUAUUAAUGUGCCAGCCCAUUGAUUGUUUAAACAAAGAUUCUUUUGAUUCACUCGUUCUACAUUUGAAUAACAAAUACACUGUUUGAAGUUAUGAAUAUGUGAAAAUCAUAUAUGUGAACUGCGAAGUGAAGAAUUAAAAGAAGGAUGAUCACCGCAGUUACUUACGCUACUUUUGCUGUUGCGAAAAGAAAGGCUGAAAAAAUUCAGGCUUCUACGGGAUUCGACCCCUUGACCUCUGCGAUACCGGUGCAGCGCUCUAUCAAUUUUAAAAUGUCUAAUUGCGAACAAUAUAUUUACGCUUACCUUUUACUCAGUUUCGGGCAAAAGCGAAGGUUGAUGAUAAUUUUCAACUCAAACGUUUAAGAAAUUGUAUGUGUGUUAAAAACAAAGUUUCCAGAGGGCGACAUUAAAUAAAGGUUUUCUGUGUAUUAUCUUCGAUAAUUUGGCAGAUCUUAAUGAUAAGUUCGUACAAAAAGGUUUGCUAGUAUGUGUCGUGCGGUAACCUACAUCGAAGAAUUUCCUCAGUUAUUGAAAAUAUGAUAUAGGUCAUAUAGCGUUCUAUUGACUAUCGCUCUUGUUGACAGUGCUACGAGCGGUAUCCAUUUGACGUGAUAGUUCAAGACGCAGGAAAUAGACAUUUCUAUCAUUAAAAAAUCUCAAAAGAGCCUAAAAUCUGGACGUUAAAUGCAAAUAGUGUAUGUAUACAAAACGUAAAGGGCCGGUUAGACUGGAUCCAUACAUUCGACCUGGAAUUGCGAGUUACGUGUCACUUCUGACCACUCGAGAAACCAAAAAUUUACCAGUAUACUUUUAUGGGUAGAAUUUUUGAUUAGCCACGAUGGGUGUACAGUUUUCUUAUCAUAAGAUAAGAUAAACUCAUAUGCAGUAAACUACAUACAUAUAAAUAUGAUAUAUGAUAUACGGUGAGAUAUUACGAGUUGCUUCAAAUUAUCGCUCGCGAUGCUAAUUACUGCAGCUUCUGUUUUAUCAUGCUCGUGUAGCUAGGUUUUCUCUUCCAUUUAGCAAAAAUAUGCUGAUCGAAAAGUAGGCCUUUUAUUGCAGAAGGAGAGUUUUGAGUUAGGGCCUCUUCAUAUGAGCCCGGUUGACCGGGCCGGCUCGGUUACCGGGAUGAAUUUUGCCUUGGGUUCAUAUGAGAAAUUUCAGCCCGGUGUCACAGUGAUAUGGGCAUCCCCGCGUUUUGGGCAUCCACAUUCCCAUAUCCCUAGCGUUUUGGGCAUCCCCAAAACGAUGAUCGCUUCGACUUUGCCUAAAUUAUUUCAGACUGGGGAAAAGUCAGGAUUGUCAGUCACAAACUUACGGCUGAAUAGUGUAGAUGCAUGUUAGAAUUAUAUCGUCUGACACCGUUUCGCCGGGUUUAUUGCGCAGAAAAAAAAACCCAUAGGCAGUAAACGUUGGCUCAAAACAUGACGAAACUGAAAUUUACAACCGCAUAACAUCGCCUCGCUCUACAACGCUUCAUUGUUUGCAAAGCUUCAAUUUUAUUUAAUAGAACUGUUAAGAAGCGAGCAAUGCCGUAAUCGGCGGCAGCUGCGAUCGUCUGAUUCCAAACAGCCAAAAACAAGAAUACCAAACAAAGCAAUCAAAAGACAGACAUGAAUAAAACUGCGUUUUGCCGCGUUGAAUUCAUAGUAUGCAUGACAUUUGAGGCCUGUACAACUUAACCCCGCAGCGCUACUUGACACACGAAAGGCUGUCACACAAUUUAUACAGAGGCCUCUUGUACCUACGGGACAGAAGAAAACUGUUGCCGUUUUGGGAUGUAGAAGGGGCUUCUAUUAAUUCCGACCAAGUACCACACCUUGGGAACAACCUUCACAGGGUGCAAAAGUAUUAUCGCGGCCGGCGUGUCCAGAGAAAAGAGCAGAGUGGCACUCUUCGAAGACCCUCGCUUUCUCUUCCUCGGUGAUAACAAGUCGUCGAAGCGCUGUGCCAUCCUUGUCCUUGUCCACGUAGAACAAGGACUCUAAUUUUGAGUCAUGCUCGAACUUUUUGGCAAAUUUUCGCAGAGUCGUUUUUUGCUUUGUAAAGCUUUCCGGAUAAGCCUUCUUUUUAAGAUACUGGAAAAGAUUUCUAUAUUUAGCGGAAGCCAUCUCUAAAACGUUUUCGAUUUUCCCGCGAAAUCCAGCAUUUGUUUGGAGGGGAUGACCAAAACACUAGGGAUUUGGGCAUCCCGGGAGGGUACCAGGGGAUGCCCAAAACGCUGCAGUAAUAUGGGAAGGGGAUGCCCAAAACGCUAGGGAUUUGGGAAUGGGGAUGCCCAAAACGUGGGGAUGCCUGAAACGCUGUGAAACCGGUUUCCGAGACGGUUGGAAAAACCGAGGGCCUCUUCAUAUGAGCCCGGUUGACUGGGCUGGCCCGGUUUCCGAGAUCUCGCCUCACCUCUAAAUCCUUUGUAAAAUUUUCGAUGUGUUCAUAUGAGAGGGCGGGCUGGCUCGGUUCCCGAGAUCUCGGUUUUUCCAACCGAGAUCUCGGUAAGCGGGCUGGAAAUUUUGCCAUAUGAACACUUCAUCCCGGUUACCGGGAUGAACGGCGGGAUGAAUUCUGGCGGUCCGGAUGGCAUCGUCUUGCAUUGCCUGCUGUAUUUUCCACAUCAUAAGCAUCCCAUUUAACUGCAGUGAUACAGCUUUAAGAGGACCGAUGCUAAGAUAGGCCCGAAAGUUAAAAUUUUUGUGUUUCGCUAUGUUUGCUUUGUUUCCCAAAUUUGGCGCCAGAACUCAUACCCAGGAUCUUUGACCUUUUCUCAUCUCGGAAACCGGUUUCACAGCGUUUCAGGCAUCCCCACGUUUUGGGCAUCCCCAUUCCCAAAUCCCUAGGGUUUGGGGCAUUCCCUUCUCAUAUUACUGCAGCGUUUUGGGCAUCCCCUGGUACCCUCCCGGGAUGCCCAAAUCCCUAGUGUUUUGGUCAUCCCCUCCAAACAAAUGCUGGAUUUCGCGGGAAAAUCGAAAACGUUUUAGAGAUGGCUUCCGCUAAAUAUAGAAAUCUUUUCCAGUAUCUUAAAAAGAAGGCUUAUCCGGAAAGCUUUACAAAGCAAAAAACGACUCUGCGAAAAUUUGCCAAAAAGUUCGAGCAUGACUCAAAAUUAGAGUCCUUGUUUUACGUGGACAAGGACAAGGAUGGCACAGCGCUUCGACGACUUGUUAUCACCGAGGAAGAGAAAGCGAGGGUCGUCGAAGAGUGCCACUCUGCUCUUUUCUCUGGACACGCCGGCCAACUACAGUUGUACCUGUUUACAGCGCUUGAUCCGAUCGAGUCGUCUUCGCUGUGUACACGAAACUGAUAUCCCAUGAUGGCGCUUGUCACGCAUUCCUAUGUCUGGAAUCGUUACGCCGCGAAAACAUUUUUUGCUUUAUCUCAGUAUCAAUAGAGUAUUCUAUUAUAUUUAUUGCUGUUUUCGUCGACAAGCUACAAAAACAAGAAUCAUGCAUGCACAAGUGCCUAGUGCAUUAACAAUAGUAACUUUUUAGUUUUCCAGGAACAGGCUCCUGUCCAUUAAGGUUAGCAUAUAUAAAACAAUUGGUUUUCAGGUCUUAUCAAACUCCCCGACUCAGGGUGGGGCUGGGGAUAGGGGUGGAGUGUGCUUGCUGGCAGGAGGCCCGCUAGACUGUUCACAGUCCUCUAUUUUCCGUAAAUUAGUCGGGAUCAAGCACAUUCUUUAAUAGGUGGCCAUCUGGGUUUCAAAUGUACCGGGUUUAGCUUGGGGAUGACUAUAAAAUCUACUUUUGGGGCUGCGGACCCAAGAAGGUCGCACAUCUGGACGAUUUUACAGAAAGAUAAGGGACAGUGAACAGUCUAGUGUCCCGGAAGCAAACAUCCCCUUGCUAUUAUUCUAGAACAAAUACUGUAUCUUUGAAAUUAGGUUACCCUGUAUUACCUCGUUUAGCGCUAUCGAUUUUGACUCUAUUCCUUCCGUUUCUGGUUUGACUAAUAUCUUGUACACUAGCUAAUAAUCACUAGUAGUUUUAGCCAGGGCUAAACGCGCAGCUCUGACUUGUUAAUAUACUCAAAGCUGUACCCCAGAAAAAAAAAAUUAAUAAAAAUCGUGUAAUGCUAACCGGUGACGGCAACGAGAAACGCAAAAAAAAUCAAUAGGGCUUAAGAGCGAUAAAGAACUUUGCACGCAGUGCAGCACAUUUGUUUGUACAUUUCUUUGCCAUUGUUUUGCAGUACGACUUCAACGUACGUUAAACUUCCUAGUUGCACGUUUUUGGAGGAAAAAUCGUAUACAAGGAGGUAUGUUCCUACGCUCCAUUUUUUUUUUUCACUGCCGCUCAUUUUAACCUUGCUGGCCGCUAACAUUUGUCAUUUUCUCAUCGCAGCUUUGAAUUUUUCAUGUUUUUGUCUUCCGCAAUGAACUUCGUCUCCUUUCUUUUUUUUUUUUUUUUUUUUUUGUUGUUGUUUUCUCUUGCGCUCUAGCUCUUUCUCUGUUAUCGGCGUCAGUGCAGUGUUAUAAGGGGGGAACAGCCGAACGCACGAUCAAGUGAUUACCAAAUUUUGUCGCGUCUACAGGUUACCAUUUUUUUCUUUCUCACGCGCGAGAGCUUCGCUAAUACUCAUUCUCUAUUAGGAAAAGUUGUUAAUUAUUAAUAGUGCCAUAUUUUCAAAUUCCUGUCCCGUUAUUGCUGAAAUGCACAUAUUAAGCCAGCGAUUUCCCUGAAGGGCAGUGAAUUCACAGUGAGCCCGCGGAAGAAAAGUGAGUAAUUUAAUAUGCUGGGUACAAACUCACCGAGAUAGAGUCGUUUUCCUUCUUCUCACGUCUUUUCCAACAGUCUUUUUCACUACACAAGAGCACUCUACAACCAUUUCAGUUACCUUUUGAAGAAGAUGAGAUUUCGAGGUUCUUGUGCCAAAUGAAUUUUGGGGGUAAGACAGUUCUUUAUAUUUACGGUUAGCAAACGUACAAGAAUGUUUGAACUGUAGAUGAAAAGUAAAGUGUUCUUCAUUCAAUCUAACAAAAGGGUCAAUUCUUAAAAAUAGAUAGUGACUAAUUUGGGAUCGCGAAAAUUACAUAUUUGCCCAAAAGUGGCUAAGAUGGGGUCUAUAAUUGACCACAGAAUAGACUAUAAUGGGGUUGGGGAUGUGCCGCUGGGACCCUGGAACCCUUAGCAAACUUGAACCCAAGUACCCCCACACCCCCUCCCCGGGUUGUUAAUGCACUAUAGGCACUUAUGCAUGCAUGAUUCUUGAUUUGUAGCUCGUCAACGAAACAGCAAUAAAUAUAAUAGAAUACUCUAUCGAUAAGAUAAUUUCCUGCCUUUCAAUUUUAGUCAGACUAGCAAAAUAUGUUUUCACGGCGUAACGAUUCCAGACAUAGGAAUGCGUGACAAGCGCCAUCAUGUGAUAUCAGUUUUAUGUACACAGCGAAGACGACUCGAGCGGGUCUUACAUGAGAUACUAACCCUGUAAACAGGUACACCUGUAGUAUUAAUGCGUUUGGCUUAAAGGGUUUCCUUUCCUAAAUGAUGUUCUCUUGUGUCAAAAGAUACUUGAUACAUUGACUGAAUUAAUGUGUUAUUGCGGGUUUGCAUUAAGACCUUCCAUCGUGUGUUGUAAACAGUCAUAACAGAAAAUAGGCAUAUUUCGUCGAUCGGCUGUGCUGAUAAAUCGUUAAAAUCACAACACAUUUUUAUGUUUCUAUGUUUUUGGACAUUCCCUUUGUUGGUCUGAAAAGACAAUUUGUUUAGAACAUGUGGGGAUUUUGCACAGUGCUAGGAUGAAAAUAUGCAUUUUUGAGCCCUUUCCCGCCUACGGCAAAGUGGGUGUAAAUCAAAAAAUAUUUAGUAGACAUGAGUUGCUUUUAAGGACCAAAAUUGUGUGCUUUACAUCAUUUAAAGACCAAUUUAAUCCUAGGAAGUGAAAAAAAUCGUUGAAAGUGCAAAACUUUGAAGUGGUGAACUCGGCAAUAUGCACUAUUUUCACUCUUUGUCACUGCAAAAAUUUGGCCGCCGGAAGCUGAAGUGAUUUUUCUCCCGAAAGAUUUUAUUUGAAAUAUUUUCAAAAACUGAUGCGGGUUCAAUUACUUUUGGACUAAGAUAUAUUCAUGGGCAAAGUUUAAAGGAAAUUGAUCUUCUGACCCGAAACGCAGUGGACCGGUUUUAAGGAGACUCCCUCUUAAUUUGCGUUAUUAUUCAUUCAAAGUAUUUCUCCGUUUUGUGAUUGACUGAAAUCCUCCGGUUAAUUCUUCAUGAAUAGCUAGCGAUGAUAAAUUUUGGAAGCCUAAUGCAAUUAAAUUUGCCUCCUGUGUCUGCUUGGUUGUUAGCUUGCUUUUUAAUAAGUAUCCGUUAAGCAUACAGCUAUUUCAAAAAACGUUGUUGGAGGAAAAGCAAAAAGGCUUCAAGAAAAGACCGCAAGGUAAUGAGGAUAGUUUAUUUCUGACUUUUGCUAGAAAAAAGUUAGUCCACUAAACUAGCCGCUGAUUUCUUUAUUCAUCAUUUAUACAAAAUCGUACUUAUCGUUUCAAUUUUUAAAAAUGCUCGUGGUAAAAUUACGUUUCAGUACAAGGGCACCCUCGCUCGUUCCCAUCUUUGAAGAGCAAUUUGUUCAGCUAAUUAGCGAGGAGAAAAAACAUUUAUUUAUUUACUUAUUUGGUACAUUUUAUCAACUUGUAUAACAUGGUAACAAAGAUACUUUGUAAAAAGGAAAACCAGAGGAAAAAAUUGAGAAGAAACACGUUCUAUAAUUUUGCUUCUUCUUUGUAAUCUUUGUCUUGAUGCGGAGCCCCUUGUAUAUAGAGCAUGAAGAGCCUUUUUCCGUUCAAAAGUCCCUUUACAGUCACGGGAUUGACGUAAAGACUCUAGGUGAGGGUGAGCGGGCCUGCCAAUGGUCUUCCUUUUGAUGUAAAGGGUUCUAAAUAGAUCUACAGCGAAAUAUGUAUGCAUUUUUUUAUAUACAUAAUACUUUCAGUUAUCGUGACCAACACUGACAUAGUCAUGUCGGAAUCAGCUGAAAUCGCUGGGACAGUUGUAACGUCAGUGCUUAUCAUCACAAGUAUCGUAGGAAACUCUCUUGUUUGUGCCGUUAUUAAGAAGAAUCGUGACAUGAGGUAAAUACAUGGUUGCCUGGUAGAUACCUGUUCAGAGACAUUACCUACUCCCUUUAGCCCCUUGAUGCCGUAUAUGUUUUUAACAUUCGAUUUGUCUUGCGGAAUUAUCGCACCUGUCCGUUAUGAGUCCAACUGAUGAUCUACAUAAGGCACGAAACUUAAUUAUGAUGACACUCUAUUCAAAGUUUGAUAACAUCACGAUUUAAAAGACAUGUCUCCCCGCUUUCCAAGUUCUUCCUGUCCUUUUUGUAUAAAGGCUAAUCCUUAAAAUGUGACAAAGUCGACUACAUCACAAUACGUUGAGUAACUUUAUCAUUUAAUUUCACAGAAAUCCCAUAAAUUACCUACUAGUAAACCUUGCAGUGGCGGAUAUCAUUUAUACAACAAUCCCUCUACCGCGCAUGGCUUGGGGCCACAGUCACCCAGGGGGAGUAAGUGGCAAGGUGUUGUGCUUAGGACUUUCAAAGGGAACCUUUGCAUGGGUCGGUGCUACUACUUCAGUCUUGACUCUGGUUUCUAUUGCAACAGAGCGAUAUUUACGCAUUGUAUGCCCCCAUGGCAGCAAAGCAAAUCUUACCAUGCGGAGACUGAAGGUAUGUUGCAAUUUCAUACUAACCUAACAAUAAGCCACCGCUCUGGUAAAAUCAUACCAAAGACUUCAAAAAUAAAGUAAAUAUAAACUAACACAACAAAUUCAAUAGAUAGUCAUCUUGCUUUUAGGACUAUAGCUUUUCAUAAUUUCAAAACAUGUAGGAAUAGGCUAGACAUUAAGGAAUCCCCAACUGGAUGCAACAAAAUGUACUGAAGUAAAUUACUGUACAGUAUCUAUGAAUGAGUAGUACCAUAGUAUAGAACUGCUCAAUAGCUUUCAUUUAAGACACCUCACCCAAAUAUUUAAUUCCACACACUCAGAAUUUCUUGCAUGAAUUAAGGAUUUUUCCACUGUCAGAGAGAUAAGCAGUUUUAAUUAAUCGUCCUAUGACCUAGUUCACCGAACUUGUAGCCUUUUGAACAACAACUGCAGUUAGGUACAUGGAUGAUACAUUAACUUCUCUCUCCUAAUGUUGUUUUUAACGUUUUAUUACUAGAUCAUUAUACCUAGUUUUUGGGCCUUUUCUUUCCUUUCUAAAAUUCCGGGAGUAAUAAACAUGGCAUUGGACAAGAAAUUCAGGAAGUUUGAUUCAAAAUUCUGCACCAAGACGCCGCUUUCCUACAAAACUUGGAUACGCGACGGUUCUAUGUUCUCAUGGUUUGCGAUGGUUGUUAUCUCCAUUGCGGUGAUGAUUGGGUUAUAUUCCAGAGCCAUGUACACUUUGUGGGCCAAGAGUAACAACGUUGAACGCACGCAUCGACAAAUGGUAUUUUCUUUAUAACGUCAAAACGUUAAACCGUAGAAUUAUUCUUGGGUCUAAGCUCUUCUGAUAAGGUUUAGUACUCAACAUUCUAAUCGCCUUCUUUCAUCUGACUUUAUUUCUGUCUUUAUAGCCAAAGUGAUUUUAGACAAUUACCCAUUAAAUAGAUCGUUGUAGAAUACUACGCACUAUUACGCUGAAAAUGCCAUUGUUUUCUAUUGUUUACUUGUAACUAUUUGGCACUAAUUGUUUGAUACUGUUUCCCAGGUGUUUCGGCCGUUUUAAUAAAGUCAUUCUAUAAAUGGUUUGCCCCGUUACUAAUAGAUGCAAUAUUUAUAUACUUGUUUAAUAAUCGAACUGUAAACCAAACUCUGUCAGGAAAUGGUUGAUACAUUGACGACACGAUUUGUGACAAAAGUGAACUUUUAAUAUCACUCGACGGUAACAGAAACUAGUAUACAAAGCGCGAGGUGGAAGGCAAACCGCGAAAACCUACGGCACCGCCGCAAAAGUAAAUCUUGCUUCUUUACAAAGUUAUUUUACUUGAAGUCUGUAUAUAUGAAGUGAGACAGCCCAGUUAGCUGGGAUGGCCUGCUUUACAGCGCUAGCUCGGCUCAAUUGUCUUUUUUCUCAUUGUGGUUAUUAUGAGAAGGCAGCUAACCGAGAACCCGGUUGCUCUAGCCGAGAUCUAGGCAAUGCCUCUUCAUAUAAACACAACGAAAACUUAAAGAGGAAACAAGGCAUGAGACGAGCCAGCCCGGGUAACACGAGCCACCUCAUCUCAUAUUAACAGACACUUUUCUACUACAGUGAAUUUUAAUAAUAUUUAACCUGCAGAUUUAAUCUCUGAUUUCUUGCGCAGGGUGUGGUGAGGGUAAGAAAGCGAGUGACCUUAAUGAUUGUAACAGUCAGUGCCAUAUUUGGUAUCACUUGGCUCCCAGAUGUAAUACUACACACCGUCGAGGAAACAACCAGCUUUAAGUUCAGUCCCGUCAUAUUUACUAUUGUUCACACCAUCAUCAUGUUCAACCGCGCUGUUAAUCCAUUUGUAUACGCGCUAAUCAACCAACGAUUCAGAGAGAAGAUGAAGAGAUUGCUGUGCUUCUGUUGAAGUUUAUUGGCAACCGAACGCCGCACAGAUUCCCAACCAAAAAGAAUCGAGUUAGUCAACAGUAGCAUCACUAAGCCAAGGGCAUAGCACAAGAAAAAGGACAAACUGUAUAGCUUCCAAAAAACUGCGGUCAUUAUUUAAUACAUGUAGUAUAUAUUAGUUUUUAAAAUCUUUAUUACAAAACCUCAAUUAAAGUCCUAUUUAAAAUCAACCUGCUGUUACAAAAAAUCUAAUUAAUUCAUCCUAUACUAUCACAAUCCUAUAUAUAACCAGACGCUAGGGAGCGUACACUUCGGCGUCGUGGUUGUGGAACUAAUUAAUUGUAAAUGCGGAGGAAUAGUAAGAAAUCAAAUAUGGUAAGAGUAAGGUGUUAAUUUGUGAAAUUAUGGGAUUUGUCAGGAUAUUCUGAAAAGAGCAACAUCCAAGAGGCCUACUUGCCAAAAACUAGCAUUUCGGGAUUAGCCCAGUUAUGCUCUGAUGACUCCAUACAAAUCCUUCUAAAAAAACAAUUCUCUAUUUUUCUUAGUCACAUCAGGCUUCAAAAACAGCAUAGCAGUCUCAUGUACUGAUUAAAGAUAUGUAAGGCAUGGGUAAGGAGUCAAUUACGUUGAGCAUGGAAUUGGCUAAAACUCAAAGUCACGAGUUCGAAUGUUUUGAGGAUAAUUAUUGACUGACUAUCAGCAUGCAGGGAUGUCGGAUUAACACAAGGAAGUUUAACAACAAAGGAACAUAGCCUUUACAGAGCUUUAAAACACAGCAUCCACCAACACAAACUUGACUUGAACUUUGAGUAAAACUAAACAGCCUCUACCAACAAUAACAAACUCUCUUGAACUUCAGAUAUCUUACGGCUUCCGCGAACUUGUAAACACAAUACCUGACUAAACACAGCAGUCCAGCUCGUGGGAAAAAACUUAGUUCUUCAAAAGAACUCGCUUGGAACUUGUAUACCGUUUGACAUAAGGCUCUAGAAAAUACUAAACAGCAGGCGAAUAGUAGUAGCUUUUCGACAUAUUUUAUGAUUUCAGUAACUGAUGCAAAUCUGCUGACUCAUGCUGAAAUGUAAGCAUGCCCUAAUUAAUUAUUCAUAGAUAAUCCAAAAACGUAGAGAACGUUCGAGAAAGUCACGCAACGCAUGAAAGCAAUUUUACUACGUAACACUCAACAAGGACAAAAUGUCUUUUUGCAGCAUUUGGUAACUUUAAAUUCAUCAUAAAACAGCUCGAAAGGAGGGCUCACUCGUGAAAUGUUUUUCAACACUCGAAGAGAAAUUUCGUGUCUCUGCGCGGCCACGAAAUAUCCUCUAUUUAUUCCUCGAGUAAUUGAAGACUAAACUCGAAGUGAUCUCAAGAUAUCACGAAGUAGUCCGGUCUCAUUUCGUGAAAUAGUUGAAACAAGCCGAAAAGUCACGAACUUGCACGCCCAAUCUUGUCCCGAAACUAGUGCAUCAUUUCAUAACUAUUUUUCAUAUCCCAAACUACCUUGGGUCGCAGUAGCGCAAUCGGCUAAUCCCUCAACUUAGAGUCUCCUCUGAUCUGACGGGUCACACAGGUGAGUCGGUUCAAACCCCGGGAAAGCCAAAAUAAUAAUUCUUUAUUCCUCGAAAAAGUUAAAGAAUAAAUCAAAGAAAUCGCAGUGAUCUCGAGAUAUCUCGAAUUAAUUCGGCUCUCACUUCGUCAAAUAGCCGAAUAAAACCGAAAGCCUACGGACUUUGCAUGCCCAAUCUUGUCAAAAAAUUGUAACUUUGAUACAUUCCUGAGCGUCGCGAAACCUUUACUUCGCGCUCCGCCGAAGUAAUAAGUGAAGAAAGAAACUAUUCAUUUACAAAUUCUAAAAAAAUAGAAGUAACUUAACCUUACAUAAAAGAAGAGGAAAUAGAUAUAAUUAAUAAUAAAAGUUCAAAAUUCUGUAAAAUAAAGAAUUCCAUUAUGCAGAGAUAUUAAGAUCAUAUAAUCGAAUUAUACUAAUGACGGCUAAACCAGUGUCCAUAAAAAGCCCUAAGUAUAAAAGCAUAUAGACAUGUAUUUCAGACUAGCGACAAAUUAAAUAAUAUAAAUUAGUGAUAGUAACAAAGAUAAUAUACAGUAUAGGGUUUUUCCCAAGCUUUAUAUUACGGCUCCGACACAUUAAUAAAGUUUUCUAUUGGCUAUCCAUCCAUCCAUCCAUCCUUCCAUCCAUUUUACUACCUUACAAUAUAUCACUAAUCUUGAAACUAAAAGGUCAUAUAAAAGGAAGGUUAAUCUCAAGAAAGAUAAUUUUUUAAAAAAGUCUAUCGAGCGGUUUAAAAAUUAUUCGCUAAUUUGUUAAAUUAGGCCAAAAUGUUCAAAAAACCGCUAACAAGAGCGCUUCGAUACACACUAAUCAAAUCCUUCUUUCUAGCAAUCUGCUGGAGCUAUCUCCUUAACCUUUCACACACGUUUUUAAAUAGAUUGAAACUACUAUGAGGUGAAAUUGCAUGUCAAAAGCGCUUCGCUUUCUACAGAUAACAGCCGAACACCAAGAUUAUCCAUUUUUACCGUAUUUCUAACCACAAAAUCUUUAUCCCAAAAUAUCUCGAUAAUGCUCUUACAGAUUUCGCUUAAACUUCACGAAGAUCGAGGCUGCUAUUGGAGGAAAAAGCUCUCGAAAAUGAUUUUCGAAGAACAGUUCCCAGUGGCGAGAUAUACUGCUGCAAGUAAAAUAGGUAAUAGCGUCAUUUCGUUGCUAUGACAACUCCGUUGCCGUUGCAACCCUGAUCAUACCAAAUGUUCAUCUUUACCUAAUACAACUGUGGCGUCAAUUUUUUCAAAACUUUGUUUAUGGCGACGUAGUUUAUGCUCAAACUUGGGAGGUAUUGGCCCUGAAAAACUGUAUCGAGCCACCUUAAGCUAGUUCUGUUCUCUCUCAUAGAUAACUAAAGGAGGCUCCACAGGAAUCCCACAAUGCACCUCUUCAUGAGCUCAUUGCUCACCGGCCAUUUCGAAGUUCCCAAAACUCUCACUUUCAAAACGAGGCUAAGUGCAAAACCUUUCUUGUGAUAAUGAGUUUCAUUUACAUCAGAAUAACAAAAUCAUUUUCAUAUCACUGACUAGGCACUUUGCCUUACUUUGAAACAGAAGUUUAGGCAACUCGGGAAUGGCCUAGAAAAUUAGAGCCCACUAAGUGCUUGAAGACAGGUUUUAUAACAGUUUUAAAUUGUCACAAUUUACAAAGAGUUUUGCGGAAAACCACUCAACCACGACAGGGUGGCAAGAAAUGUUUUUCCCAUAAAGUUUCAUCACUAUGCUAGCUGUUUACUUCUUUUUGUUUACUUUCCUACAUUGGUGGGAGGCGAGCGCUCUCACCACUGUGCCAUCCCUUGCUCCACAUAUCGCAGUGGCGCCUUAUUCUUGGCUAUAUUAUCUAGUCUUGUUUUAACACCAGAGCAUAGCGACUUUUUCGUGUUGAUAACUGAUAAUUCAUACGCUUCUUUGUAAAAUUACUUUAUGUUGACGUCACGAAAUGUUUUUGAUUGACAAGAAAUAGAUAAGCCCUUCGCAGGAAGUAUUACAAAAUAAGACAAAGUGUUAUUACAAUUCACGACAGCUUGGCUUAUUACAUAUUACGACAACUUGUUAUUACAAUUUACGAUAGCUUGGUUAUAACAGUUCUCGACAACUGUUAUUACAAUUUACGACUGGUAUUAAAAUUCACCACAUUAUUACAAUUCACGAAAGAACUACGUGUAAUAAAAUAUACCGUAAAAUUCCGAAAAUAAGCCCCUCCAUGUAUAAGCCCCUCCAAAUAUAAGCCCCCCAAACCGGUAACGCAAAAAAAAACCUCCGUUAAAUUGCCCCUCCAAAUAUAAGCCCCGCAGUGCUUGUACUAGGAAAAUUGCCCUCAAAUACAAAGUAAAACAAAGCAAAAAUGGUAAAUUUACUUCUAACUGUAAGGCUAGCCCAAUCGAUUUUGACACGCAAAUUUCCCUCCGUAGAUAAGCCCCUCGGAAUAUAAGCCCCUCCAAAAAUAAGCUCCUCAAAAAGGGCGUUUGAAAAAUAUAAGCCCCGGGGCUCAUUUUCGGAAUUGUACGGUACAUUCCGAACUGGUUUGAAUAACUUUUCUUGAUUUAAUAUUUUCAUUCAAAAUAUUUCUUCAUUUCUGAAGGCUCACAUCCCCCGACCAAUUCUUCAUAACCAGCUGCGUUGACCAACUUUGGAAGAGCGAGCAAUAUACCAUAGAUUCGAUACUAUAUUGCGCAAGCAGCGUUUCCAGGCAAAUAUCCCAUCGAUCAACCCUCAAAUUUCCAGGGGCGGUAGGCGUUCACGGUUAUCCGAGGACGAAACAGAUGAAUUUCUGACUAAAAAUGAAAGGAAGAAAUGCAAAAAUACGAAAAACAUAUUGCUCGAUGGAUGCUAUCUACUUUUUGAGCAGUAUCUACAAAAUAAAAAAAAAUCUGUUUAUAACCUAAAACCGUGCUGAGAAAUAACCCAAAGUUUUGAAGAAAGUCCACGAGGAGGUAAGCUUGUUUUUUUGUUUCUCAGGACGGUUUAAAAGAACUUAGAAAUAUUUUAAAUGAAUAAUGAAACAAUUAUUGAAUUCGGGAUUCGUAUGAUGUGAAUAAUUUUGCAGAUCACGGAGGCUGCUACCUCCUUCGGUGGACAACAUUUUCUCGAUCUGCAUAGUUGUUUUCGUUAUAUUGAACCUAAUUCAAUAGUUGUUAUAUAUACAUGUAUAACACUACAUCUAUGUUAGGCCCCAAUACCGCCGUUUCAAAAGCUCAAAGUUCCAAAUACUUGACGUUUGAAAUAUCAAAGGCAUGUGUUUCAGAUGAUAUUAAAAUUUACAUAAGAGAUUUAUGAGCUCAAACUUCCUCGCACCCGUAAUGGUAAUUACUAGAGCUUCAUGUGUCGUCUGAAGUUAAGUAUGAUCCUGUCAACUAUGAUGUCACAUGCCAUAUAAGAAAGAUGCAGUUUGAUUCCGGUUUAAAACUUUGAUGAAAAGAGUCACACUCGGAUAAUAAAUUCAUUAAUAAAAUUAUUUAUGCUCCAUGUUUGGUCACAGGAGUGGCCGUUUAAUUUAAGUAUAUACAGUUAGGAAAAUCCGGAUACACAAGAAGAUUAUCCCAGCAACGGUGAGGGCACACCCGCCAAAGCCCGGAGCGAGGAAUGAGUGACAGGGCAGCCCCCACCCGAGUGAAGUCACUUAAUAUAACAUUUAAUGUUGAACUAUUAUUGUAGCUCUUCCUGCCCUGUUAAUUUGCAAUCUUAGUAAUUUUUUUCUUUUUCUUUCUGUUAUAGUUAUUCUAGGUGAAAAAUAAACAAAUAACACUAAAUCCUAAUUUUCGACCAAUAUCUGUGCUACCUGUCCUUUCUAAAGUUAUCGAGAGACAUGUGCAUGACUCCUUAUACAGUUAUCUAACUGAGAACAAUCUGAUUUAUCCUCGCCAGUCUGGUUUUCGGAAGAAUCACAGUACAGACACCGCUCUCAUACAGAUAAUUGACGAAUUAUCCACUCAAGGAAAAAAAGACCAAGGUCCUCACCGUGAAGGGAAAGCGACUCUCGACCAAAAUAAACAAUAACCCUGAGAUUACUUGCAAUGGCAGUUUAUUAACUAACGUUAUGAACGUUAAGCUACUAGGUCUUGAGAUUGAUGAAGAGCUAUCUUUCUCUGAGCAUAUUACGACUGUUUGUAAGAAAGUUUCACAGCGCAUCGGCUUGUUAAAGAAAAUUAUGAAUUAUCUGCCCCUUAAACAAAGAUUACUUUAUUACAAUGCUUUGAUCAGGCCAGUGAUUAAUUAUGCAAGCGUCCUUUGGACUAAUUGUAAUAAGGAAAGCCUUGGGCGGGUCCUGAAGCUCCAAAAACGAGCAGCUAGAGUAAUCCUGAAUGCCCCCCCUCAAGCACCAUCAGUUCCCUUGUUUAAUCGGCUGAAAUGGUUGCCUUUUUAUAAAGACGCUUUCAUAUCUAAAUGUAUCAUUGCUUAUAAGCGAUUACAAGGUGACGUCCCUGUUUAUCUCAACGAUCUACUUAAAUUAAACAGUAACAUCCACAGUAGAAAAACCAGGUACUGUAAUUUUAACCUAACCUCUCCGUGGUAUAAUCGCGAAACAGAAGGAGGCAGAACUUUUACCGUAACAACUUGCAAAGCAUGGAACAGCUUAUCUUUGCCUGUAAGGCAAAGGGACUCAGUUGACUCUUUAAAAAAAGCAUUGUGGAAUGAAUUUUUUAAACAACAGCAGAAUCUUGAUCAUUUUUCUAUUUAAGUUACUUGAUGAACUGUGAGAUUAUUAUAACGCUAUAUUUUAUCUUUUAAAUAAUUUAGUAGAUUCUAUAGUAUCUGUAUUCUUAAUUGGUUUUAAUCUUGUAUUUUUUCAUAGCUUAGUAUACUCAUUUAUUAUUUUAUUAUUUAUUAUUUAGGGGGCCACAAGUUUAUUAGCCCCGGCUAUUUCGUGCUAACCCUCAUAAAAUAAAGUCUUUACUUACUUACUUACUUACUUACAAGAUGUAUCAAUGUUUUCAAGAGGAAUGUACAAGUUAAAAUUAAUGGAUGAGGUGGCUGUAUGGCCCCUGCUCAAACAGCCACGUUCGAUCAUACUUAGCAUUACAUCCUAGCUAUCAAAUAGAUCAAUGUUAAAGAAGGAAUGUACAAGUUUGAAAUAAUGAAUAAGGUGGCUGUAUGGCCCCUGCUCAAACAGCCACGUUCGAUCAUACUUAGCAUUACAUCCUAGCUAUCAAAUAGAUCAAUGUUAAAGAAGGAAUGUACAAGUUUGAAAUAAUGAAUAAGGUGGUUGUAUGGCCCCUGCUCAAACAGCCACGUUCGAUCAUACUUAGAGAGCUAGUUGUUGAAUAAGGUGGCCGUAUGGCUCCCGCUCACACAGUCACGUUAGAUUAUGCUUAGCACUACAUCCUAGUUACCAAAAUGGAUCAACGUUUUCAGCGGGAAUGUACAAGUACAAAUCAUUGGAUAAGGAGGCGGCAUGGCCGCUGCUUAUAAAAGUAACAUUGGAUUAUGCUUAGUACUAAAACCUAGUUAUAAUAAUGGAUCAAUGCUUUCAAGAGGAAUUUACCAACACUAAUUCUGUAUGGCCCCUGUUCACACAGUCACAUUGGAUAGUUAUCAUAAUGGAUCAAUGUUUUCAAGAGAUAUGUACAAACACUAAUCAUUGAAUAAGGUGGCUGUAUGGCCCCUGUUCACACAGUCACGUUAGAUGAUACUUAGCACUACAUCCUAGUUAACAGAAUGGAUGAAUGUUUUCGCGAAGAAUGUACAACUACAAAUCAUUAAAUAAGGUGGCUGUAUGCUCACACAGUCACAUUGGAUCGUACUUAGCACUAAAACCUACACAAUAUGGAUCAAUUAUUUCAAGAUUAAUAUACAAAAGCUAAUAGUAGUAUAUCCGGGAUCAAAAUGGACCAGUUUUUCAGAGAGCGUUUUGCCUGUAUUUUUAUUUUUUUGACCUCAUCCGAACCGGGUGAGGAUGAGGUCAGAAAAGAUACUAUACAGCCAUAACGUUCUCUGAAAAAGUGGAGUUCAUUUUGCUUACGAAAAGUCUACUCGCUUUCCCCUGGCUGCCUAUGGAAACGACCGGUCUGAGCCCACAAAAACGGGUUUAUUCUGGCCCCCGAGAGAAACAGAAAAUACUCCGAAAUUGUUUGCAGUGGUGGCCACCGCGAACAAAUUUUUUGCAUAGGCUGCGGUGCAAGCCGGAUAACGAGCAGUCAGAGAGGGAAUUUUUGUAAAGGCUACUAACCCUUUCGGCUACUGAGUUGCCAAGUUGCCCGCCAAUUAGACAUAUAAUUUUCAGCUUCUUUACAUGCACUCACCAUGGAAGCGAGGAGGGCUACUUUGGAAGAGAUGGGACUGCGAAGCGAGAAGGCAGUCGCCAAACACAUCUUGCAGGAGAACGUUGGGAAAGCAUUUGGAUUCCCGAUAUCGCAGGCGUCGACUAUUUGGCUGGGCACCAGGGGCGAAGAAAGGUCGAACCCUUGGAGGAGCUGUCGGUGUUUGUCGAUGAUUUCUACGUCUACGGGCUGCUCCUGAAAGCCCAAAUUGUGUCGGUGCGCGGCCGAGUUUCGUGCACCUCCGGUGAGGAGGGCUCGGCCAAAAGGCUCGUGUUGUAGAUUUCUCUCUUUGUUAGAGAAGUCUGGGGCGAGGAGGGUGGGUACAAAAACGUCCGAUCGGCCACACCGUCGAAAAAACGCCCCCCAACAACCGCAUCGUGGCGACGGUGAAGAAAUAGAAAAAGAAACGGGCUACCAGGCCCUGCGUAGGUGGGAGCAGUUCCACCCCAAAGAGGAAGCUGUGGGCUAUUUCGUAUGGAAAUUGAAGGGAGGCUUAUUUUGUGGCAUAGUCAUUACAGCGGUUACUACUAACACGAAGCCUCAAAGGGUUUUCUUCUCUCAGUGAAACCUGCGUUUUCGUGGACGUCAAUCAGCUGUUUCCAUGGCUUUCUCACGCGCUCUGACAGAAAAGGUUCCCUCAUCGCUGAAUGAAUGGCGAAGACUUACAAGGAUAAAUUUCGAAUGACGACGGCGUUUUUAAGAGGCAGUCUCCCUAAAAGCGUUCCCCUCGAUUUCGGACUCGAAAAACCUUUUGCCUUAUAUUUUUAUCAUCAACACUACUAUCCAUCCUAAUAACGAAAUUGCAGUUACAAUGAGGAAAUUGUUUAUUUUACGGCCAUUCCCAGCAUUUUAUUGCUGGACGACCGUUAGCGGCUAAAAUAUGCAAAUUUUAGAUGCUGUUUUACGGGUUUUUUAGCCAUCGUUUAAAAGUACUUCAGGUCAUCAAAUUCUAGACUGUCCGCACUCAUUUGGAAGCAUAUUACUUCUUCUUACUUUUCCAAUAUCAUUUGGGCAUUAUCUUUCUCUAAUCAGCAAAAACCGGUCGUCUUUAUUUCACUAACAAAAUUAAGAAAGCAAAAUGCACGAAUAAAUGCCUCAAAAACAUCACAAAAUUCUCAAAAGUGGCACCUAAACUAGACAUAAAGACAUGUUUUAGUUAAAGAUUAAGAGCUAUUUUGUCAAGUUAUGAUCUUUGUCAUCCGAAAUCGUAGUUUCACCUUUGCUUUCGAUCAUGAGAGAUCAAGUCGAACAGUUAAAACGACCAGGGUUCUCGGCUGCAACCAUAGAAAUCGGAGAAGAAUGGGACGAGGACUAGGAAAAGUUAUAAACGGUGAAUGCGAAAUUGUUUUCGGACCUGGCUUUCCAAAUCAAGGAUGAAGAGAGAAAAUUGCGCCACCAGACGGCUGCACUGGCUUUAGAUGAAGUCACUCUGUGACAGUGGUACGUUUGACUAUUCAUAUGGUUAGCAACGGCUUUUGGUUUCAUGUUUUCAUUGAAUUUUAUUAAAUGGAUUGAAAUUGAAAUCGUCUCGCAUGCAGUUAUUCAGCUGAGUUAUUCUUGUUUACACGUAACUUGAACUUCCCGCUAUAAAAUAUGAUUUAAGAACUCUUGCUCCAACAGUGACCGGCUUUGUCUCUCCAGACAGACAAAAAUUUUUUAGUUUCGCACAACCAAAAACAUCGGCUGAGACAAGAGAUUCCCUGUCUGUGUAGGCAACUAGCUCAUUGUUUCGUACAAUAUUACAGGCAAAUUAUUUGUAUAGCGUUUUGCAAACUUCGAAGGAAUUUUAGGUUUUUCUAUUCUGUCAAUCAUCUUAGCGGACCUCUUAGGCAACAGAUUGUGAUUGAUGGAUUUCGAUCCGUUUUUAUUUCAAGAUUCGUUGCUUGUGAGCAUCCCGCUUCGGGCAAUUAUCGACUUGUCUGCUGCGAUUCUGAUCUUUCUUACGAAAUGUCUUCCUCGGCCUAACUUGUAACAGUAAAGCAAAGUCUACCUCCUUCCCUUGACAAAAGUACCAUCGCAAUUUCCUUUGCUAUUUUGAACAGUCAAGAGUUAUUCUCAGUUUUGUUUUUGCGGCAAAUGGCAUUGUGAUUUGGAAACCCCGCGAUACAACGAAUUUGGCUGUAAAUAAAAAAACUCUAGGAACCCUCGUCCCAAGACAUCAUGGGGACAUGUCAUAUAAUAUCGUCAAAGCCGGCCGGUCGUCGAAAGAUGGCCUAGAUAUGGAAUCUAGAACGCCAGCUUGGAAAGCAUUGUUCACAUGAAGUUCAGCCCGCGAACUCGCGCGAAUCCGCCCCUGCAAAUUUUGACAUUUUGACAUGUUUACGUGAGGUGGGCGGGGUAGUGGGCGGAUUGAGGUAUUUAACAAUAUGCUCUCAGGCGCUCCCCUUCUCCCUUCCCGCCGUUUUUCGCUCACUCACGUUUUCGCUGCUCUCGUGCUUCUUUCACUUCUCGUUCCCUUUUUUCUCUCAUCUAGACUGACCGAGAGCCUGGCACAGACUACUGUAAACCUCAAUCAAAAAUCCAGAAUCCCACAUUGCAAUUUGAUCUGGAUUGACAGUAAAAUAGAAACAUAUAAAAUAGCCUAACUUCGGGACUGAACAGAGACUCACAGAGGAAUCUAACCUGCUUUAUUUUUGCCAAAAAACCGGUUGCUAAAAAACCGAAAAACCGGAAACCGCAACGGCCAACAAAACCUAAAAACCGAAGUUUUCAGUGCAAAACCGAAAAACCGACCUAAAAAUGGCCAAAACCGAAAAUCCCAACGCCAUCCUCGUCAAGUAACAUUUUUUUGAAAGGGAUGAAAAGGAUCAUUCCUGAUAACAGACAUAAUAGUUCAUUUGAAAAAGAUCGUGAAAAAGCAAAAGCAUACACGCUCGCGUACGGAGUUAAAGUAGCAAACGCAACCGGUCAUAGGUGAGUUUAUCACCUUCCUUAAAAUUAACAAAUCUAACUAGGAAACAAAUGCUUUUUAUAUGGUUAAUUCUUUUUACGCUAAUUACGGCUAACGGUUAAAAUUUUUCAAUUUUUACGGUUAUCGACUAAAUUUUUGGCCGUUUUACGCCUAUCGGUAAACCCCAUUGAGACCCUCUGUAUAGCUUCUUAAAAACUGCGGUCAUUAAUAGUGCAAAUUAUUGAUGGUAACAAAAAUAAUAUACUGUAUAAGUAAAACAUUAGGCUUGGGGAACAAAUUGUGUAAUUGCUAAAAUACUGGGACACGAUCUCGGAAGAAUCCCUUGAGACAAAGCUUCAUAAUUUUGACAAAUGGUUUUUAUACCUUGAGCAAUGUCAGGCGACAAAAAGAUGACAAUUGCCAUAAAAUCUCUAUCUACAGAUCCUUCUAAUUUAACACAACUGGUUUGUAGUAAGCCUACAAUAAGCACAGUUUUAUUUGAUCUUAUUUGGAUUAUUCCUGCUAACUCUGCAGAAUAAAAGGCAGACAAACAAUAUGAUAUCCGUUUUUUUAGAUUAUAGUCUAGUGACGUUUUCCCAGAAUUUCAUUUUGUGAUUCCGCUUUAUUUCAAGUUGGAACUUAAAAGAUCCUUUCUGUUAGGAAUUCUUUUUGCCCGUUAGGAAAUCACCUGUGGUCGAAACUUCAAUUUUAUAGCCAAGUACUCUCAUCAACUGAGACAUAAUUAACAAUUAUUCCACGAGUGCACGUUGAAUAUGAGAUGGUAGUUAGCCAACGAGGCGCGUAGCGCCGUGUUGGCUAUAAUCAUGUCGUAUCCAACAAGUGCGAGUGCAAUAAUUAUUUUAUUAAAAACGCCCACAAAAUAUCGAGAAUUCUUCACGAAUUUAUCUGUAAAAACAACCGAUUUUCAGCUUGUUUUUAAUUUUGAGCAGACUCGUACAGUUACCAUAUUUGGAGAGCAUGGUAAAAUGGCCCAUAUACCAUGAUGACUACGCCAAUCAGAGCUCUAGAACUGCAUUAUCCAAUGAUUCAGCUUUUAAUAGGAUAAUUUUCUAGCUAUGAAUAUGUAUAUUCUUUUAAUAUAACGUAUAUUUUUAAAACAAUUAUUCUUUGAAAUCGAGGUGAAUAGUGGCUAAAUAUUUACCGAGCCGCGAAAGCGGCGAGGUAAAUAUUCCCAAAGCCACUAUUUACCGAGAUUGAAAAGAAUAAUUGUUUUAGUAUAUACACACGAAGUGAUCUCAGCAAAAUCAGAGAGGAAACCAUUAAAAAGCACGAUUUGAUUGACAGUUCAAAUCACGCGUAAGAAUUCAAAUCACGCGCAGAAUUUUCAAACAUGGCAAUUCACAAGUUUAUCAUUUCGCAAACAAGAGCGUAAUGGCUUAAAUGGAACUGCUAAAAGUUUGAACUGUUUCCUUACUUGAGAAGAAAAGCAGAACUUUGUUGGUUUCUGUUGACUCGCCAAGUUUAUAGCCAAAAGGGUUUGUUGUGUCAUUCUUCGCAUGAAGUGCUGACAAAAAUGGCGGCUCGGUUGCUCGAGGUAAGACGUCGUCUUAGUGUAUCAUUCUUUUUCCUGUUUACUUGAAACGUAGAAUUUCCUUUCAAUUUGUUUGUCAUAAAUAAACUUCGAUUUUUGAGCCAAAAUUUUCUUGUUAGAAAACGCUGAGUUCACGAAACGGCUUCUUCUACGCGAAUACAUAAUCAGAGUUGUAAACAAUUCAUCGAGCACAAAACUCAGCUACAGUAAAUUGAAAAACGCCGUAUUGAAUCCUUCCAAGUCUUUUCUUGCCUUAAGAAAAGUCAGCCCUAGGAUUCUGUCGACUUUUAAAAGAUCGUUCUCUAAAAAAAUGGGAAAAACACCGAGCUCACACAUUAUCCACUCUCUAGGAGGUAAAUGUUGUUGAAUAGUCCGAGAUAGCGAACCAAUCAGAUUGCUUAAAUCACCAAGAUCACUGAGUGUGUAUAUACUAAAACAUAAUAUACAUUCUGAACUGGUUAGAACAACUUUCUAGAAUGCUCAACUUUUCAGGAGCGAUAAAUAAUAUAAUAGAAUUGUAGUUCAAGACUACAGAUGCGUUCUUCGCUUUUGUUACAAUAUAUAUCUGACUGAAUUUGCAAAAACAUGGCUAUAGAAAUCUCUCUCAUAUAGCUUCUGACUGAGUCUUGUAGUGAAGAAUGUUUUUUUGUUUUGUUUUUCGGUUACUUUUUAUUUAUCUAAUUUUUACCGAAUAUUUACUGAAUAGGCUGCAGUAGAUAGACUUUGGUGAGUUCCUCACUUGCUAUUAACCUACUCCUCCCCCCCCAAAAAAACAAAGUUUCUCAUAACUUCCCAUAAUUCUCUCUGUAUGUCAGUUUGAAAUCAGCGCGCGUAUCAGACUAAACUCGGCUCUCGUAGUGGGUUGUCUUAGAGUUUAUUUGGCUGCCUUGAGCAAAGUUUUCCGGAAGGCAUCAUUAGGCCUUAUGAAGGAACAAUUCUCACGACUAGCAAAGUCUGCUGCGUCCAAUAUCUUCUCGUAUUUCGUUUCAUUUCGGGCUACGCAGGUGAAAGACUGAUCCCGGGCUUGAGACGGACAGAUUGGAUAUUGCGAGCUUUGUUGUUGGCAGUAACAAGUUAAUAAUAAGUUCUAGGGAUGAAAUCUAUUCGGAGAGAUGGAAAUUGACGCUGAUUUCUGACCAGGCCAGAGACUUAAUGAAAAAUUGUUUGGAAGGCGGGGGCUGUAUGUCUCCUUUUCAACCGCUGGUUUACAUCCGUUGUUAGUCGAGAAAAGUUCCAUGUGACGAUUUAUGUGGAGAAAGCGAGAGUUUUACGAAGUAAUUUGACGACGUUUCGCCCGUGUUAAGUGUAGAAGUAUUAUGAGUGGUUUUCGGUAGUGUUGUGAUUGCCGCGAAAGUCAUUUAUUGCGUGAUUUACCGAACGUGUUGACAGACAAAUCCCUGGUAUGUGCGGUUGAGCUCGUGUUACCAGGGGUGCUUACCAUUUGACAGAAAAUUUCGGAAAUUCCGGAUGGAAGGUAAAUGGUAAGGUCACU